AUGGCUUUUGCCAGCUGUGCUGCAGUGUUCAGGUCUCUGCUUUUGGUGCUGGUUUUAGCACUCGCUGUAAGGAGCUCGCCCCACGGGAAGGUCGUUCAUCCUCGACCCAGGAGAGUUGGUGGCUCUGGGAAGCUUAGUGAAGACUGCCUGAACCAAAAGGAUCCCACUUUCCCCACGAUGGUGAAAGUUGACAUUCGCAUCGGCAGCUCUGAUCCUGCCUUUAGGAUGAUCCAUGACAUCAGGAACCGGUCUCUCGCUCCUUGGAAUUACAGGCUCGAUGAGGACCCCAACCGCUUCCCCCAGGUGAUAGCUGAUGCUGAGUGCCGCCUUCUGGGCUGCUUGAACUCACUGGGGCAAGAGGACCGCAGCCUCAACUCUGUCCCCAUCACACAGGAGAUCCUCGUCCUCCGGAGAGAGCAGGGGGGCUGCCAGCCCACCUACCGCCUGGAGAAGAAGCUGAUCACUGUGGGCUGCACGUGUGCUGCUCCAGUCAUCCAGCACCAGUCCUAGGAGGAAUCAGCAGCCGGUGCAACGUGGGGAGGAAGAACUGUCUCCUAUGAACACCUCUUAGGAGAAAUCCCAGUCAUCAAGUGGGACUUUUCUGAAUGUGGGCAAAUUAACUCCCAAGAUACUGAUUCUUGCUGUAGUUCAUCUAUAGAGCUCAGCAUGGGUACCUACUGGUGGAGGGGAGGAAGGGAAAUAUUCGUAUUUCUAUUUAUAUCUUCUAUUUAUGACUGUAUUUAUGAGUCAAAAUAUCCAAAAACUCGCGAAUGUUUAUCUGUAUU